GCAGAGAAGGGUUCGGUCAAUGUACGGGGUUAUCAUCAACCACGCUGCUGUUUUUCCCGUUUUUCCCAUCGCAAGCGGUGCAGAAGCGCGGCAAUUUUGUAAUUAUUUGCAAAGCCAGCGGCAUUUCAAUAGCGCGCUGAAUAUAAAGGUUUCGAGAGAGCAAGGGAGAGAGAGGGAGAGGACGAUGUUGGGAAGGGGGGAAAAUGAUAGGCUAGGGCUAGGACGGAUGGUGAUGAUGAUGGGGCAGCCGCUGCAAGUGAAUCAGACGGUGGAGAUGGGGGGAGGGGAGAGGGUCCCACCGCCACAGUGGAGUGAGGAGGAGACGAGAGAAUUCAUAGGGAUAAGAGGGGAAUUGGAGAGGGAUUUCAAGGUGACGAAGAGGAACAAGACGCUGUGGGAGGUGGUCUCUUCCAAGAUGAAGGAGAGAGGUUACAAAAGGAGCCCUGAUCAGUGCAAAUGCAAGUGGAAAAAUCUCGUCAAUCGUUACAAGGGCAAAGAGACCUCGGAUCCCGAGAAUGGUAGGCAAUGCCCGUUCUUCGACGAGCUGAACGCCAUCUUCACAGAACGUGCCAAGAGCAUGCAACGCAUGCUACUCAAAUCUGAAGCAGGAGGGGCUUCCCAGGCAAAGAAAAAGAUGAGGCGACAUGGCGAACAUUCCUCUGAUGAGUUCACCGAGGGCGAUGAUGAUGAUGACAACAGCGAAGAGGAGAGAAGCCUCAUUAGGAGUCGAAAGAAGAAGCCGCCACCACAGACUGCAGCAACAAGAACAACAGCCGCCUUAGACAAAUCGAGGGGUGGCGGCAGCAGCAUCCAGGAGAUUCUCCAGGAUGUGUUCCAGCAGCAGCAGCAGAUGGAGAUGCAGUGGCAGGAGGCAAUGGAGAGGAGGGCACAGGAGAGGUGCAUGUUCGAGCAGGAAUGGAGACAGUCGAUGGAGAAGCUGGAGACAGAACGGCUGCUAAUGGAGCAGGCGUGGAGGGAGAGAGAGGAGCAAAGAAGGAUGAGGGAAGAAAACCGUGCAGAGAAGAGGGACGCCCUUUUAACUACUCUGUUGAAUAGGCUCAUUCACGAAGAUCUUCAAUGAAAGAGCAAAGCACAAAAGAAGAA